GCGCGGUAUUCCUCGAAGGUCCAUUGGACUAGCAUUGAUUUCCAUACAAAUAAGGAGAUAUUAAGGUAGAUAACCAAACGUUUGGGUGAAGAGGUCACCUCUUAUCCUCCGUCGCUCUAAGGAGAAAAGGCCGAGUUCACUCAACCUGUUCAAUAGGACUGCUGUUACGUGGCUUGGUGAUAUGGAGCCUGCCAGUAUUGGGAACCUGUGCAUUUUGUACCAGAGCACAGAUUUCCUGGUGGUGAAUAAGCAUUGGGAUAUCCGCAUUGACAGUAAGAUGUGGUAUGAAAAGCUCACUGUCCAGUCUCAGCUGAAGCACCAUUUUCCUGAGCUUGCAGACCCAGAUACCUACUAUGGGUUUAGAUUUUGUCAUCAGCUGGAUUUCUCCACCAGUGGGGCACUGUGUAUUGCUCUCAAUAAGAUGGCAGCUGCCAAGGCCUAUCGGUGUUUCCGAGAUCGUCUGGUAACCAAGAUUUACUUAGCUUUGGUCAGAGGUCACAUCUCUUUGGAUAGAAUGACCAUCAAGCAUGCAAUUGGUCAAAAUACAACAAAAGGAAUGACACACAUGAUGUGUACUGAAGGAAUGCCUGGUUGUCAAAAUCCCAAGCCAUGUCAGACUGAGCUGACUGUUUUGGAAAGAGGUUUCUACAGUGGAGAUCCAGUUACAAAAGUACUCCUCCAACCAUUAACAGGUCGGACACAUCAGCUGAGGGUUCAUUGCAGUUCAGUGGGACAUCCCAUAGUGGGUGACUUCACCUACAGCUUAAAAACUGACAACAACCCUUAUCGUAUGAUGCUUCAUGCCUAUUACCUGCAGAUCCCCGUGGAAGGAGAGCUGGUAGAGGUGACCACACCUGAUCCCUUCACACACAUGGUGGACAGCAAUUGGGAGAUGGGCUUGCAUGUCAAUAGUCUGCAUAAUAUUAUCAGGGAACUGAAAGGGAAACGUGUGACAGAUCAGUGUGAUAGGAAUGGUGUUCUUGGAGUUCAGGCUGAAAAAAUACAAGUGAAGAAGUAUAGUGAAGAGACAAAGGAAGAAAGAGAAAAGUGCCUGGAGUGGUUAAAUGAGUGGGCGGUGAGCUAAUAUUUAUGGCCUUUUGUGAAUGAAAAGGGUUUUGCCUUGAAGCUGCAUGGUUUUAUACUGUGGUUUGUUGGCAGGAUGGAUAAAACCCCAGCGUCAGCCAGGUAUCUUGGGGCAACUAGAUUUGCUGUGUGUCUAUAUUGCUCUACUGGUAUUAACCAUUUUUGCCCCAUGUGUCUCAGCAUUUAUUAGGUGACAUCCUCACCUUCAGAUUUCUUUUUGAACUUUUUGGUGAAUGCCUUUGAAAGCUGUUCCUCUUCAUCAGCUAACAGGAACCUUGGUGUUCUGAUGACCCCACAACCACAGAAGUAGACUAUUGAACAGGCUUUGAGUUUUAACUAUUUUUUUAAAAAAUGCUCUUAAAGUGAAGAACUUAUUUUUGACUAAACACCAGCCAACUACAGAAGAAGUAAUUUAAUUAGGAAAUUCAAUUUACAGAGACAAUUUAUGUGAAACAAUUUUCUCUCAAAUGAUUCCCUGGACUACCCAUUGGUUUUGAAUGACAGUUAGCUCCCGUCCACUUAAAAAGGUGGAAUAAGUACUGCUGAUAGGUGGCUUUCAGCUUUAUGUGAUGGCACAGUGGCUGGCUAAGUUGACAAUAUGUGAAAUGUUGUGUUACUUGGGACUAGGUAAUUGGGUUAUUGGAAAGAAUCAGAUUUCUAUGGAAUAUUCAGCCCAGAAACAAUCCAAGAGGAAAGUAGUAUAUGUUUAUAUGAGCUUCCAUGCACACUACCUUGUCCUUCAGAUUCUUUCUGUUCUUUCUCGCUCAUGCUUAUCUAGCUUCCUCUUAAAUUUAUUUGCUCUAUUUGCCAUGACACUGAGUUCCACAUUCUAAAUCCUUUAUAUGCAAGCAAGUUUCUCCAGAAUUUCCUUUUAUUGGUGAUUUUUUUUUGAAGUUCCCUGGUUUUGGAUUCCUCAUAAAUAGAAAUAUCUUGGCUUCUGCAAAUGUAUCACAUUUAAGUAGCUUCAUCUGCUAUUCAACAUAAACAGAUUCAGGUAACUCCAUCCACAGACACUGAGUGAAAAAUAAAAUUCCCAUUUCUUCACCCGUUUUCUAAGAGGGAAUCCAAUUUCUUUAUAAACUUCAGAUUUUGUUUUAAAGAUUAAUAGUAAAAUAUUUUUAGGGAGAAUUUGGGGAGGUUAGAAGGUGCAGUAGAUUCUGGUUUGAGACUGUACUGAAGCUCUUUUGUUGGCUUUCACUGUUGAGUACUGAGCUUCACAGUAUCACACCUGGUGUGUCUUUUACACUAAUUCAUUUAUGAUUAUUACCUCCAAUGGGAGUCCACCACAAGAUGCAUCUUAAACUCCCGUAUCAACAUUCCAGAAGGACUGUUCCCUCUGUGACUCUUUGGUUCACUCUUCCACCUCCACUAAAUGCUUCCUUUCUCAUCACACUUUCCCAUACCACCAUGAGAAACAACUGCCCUGUUAACUCUACCUUUCCUACUAUCCAGGGACCGAAACAGUCCAUCUUGGUGAAGUAGCAAUUCACUUGCUGUUCUUCCAAUUUAGUGUAUUGAAUUGAGUACUCAAGAUCCGGCCUCCUCUACACAUCGCAGAUUGGUGUCCUCUGUUCAGAAUGCGUCUGUUCAGUAUGCAAGGGUGAUCCUGAUUCCAUUCUCCUGCCAUUUAAAUUUUUUGCUGCACUCCCACCAUGACAUAUGUGCCUUUGGCCUUCUUUAAUACUUAAGUGAUGCUCAAUAUAAGCUUGAGGAACAGCACCUCAUCUUCUAUCUGGGUAUGUUGGAGCCAUUGCAAUUUAAUAUUGAAUAUAACAAUUUCAGGAACCAGCUUUUUUUUAAUCUUCACAGAUGUGGUUGAACCUUUUCUGUUUCAGUUAAUUUCCUUUUUUCAUCUCUCAACUGCUGAUUUUUAAAGUGACAAUUUUGGACUCCACCCCUUACUCUCUCUGCAGCUGAGGGUGCUUGUUUUCUCACUUUUCCAGUUCUAGCGAAAGAACCCUGAAUGUGUAAUAUUGAAUUUGAAUUUCUCUCUCCAUUGAUGCUGCCUGUCAUACUGAGUGUUCCCAGCAUUCUCUGUCCUUGUUACAGAUUUUCAGCAUCUACAAAUUUUUUGCUCCCCCUAUGAUUAUUAGUUUAUUUUUUAGAUGUCACUUUAGUUCAGGGACAAGUUUAAUUUUGGUGCAAGUGAUCUCAUGGUAAUACUCAAAAAAGAUCAUACCGAGUUCCUGUAAUGUCAGUGUAAAUUUGUGCAGAAAGGACUCGUCACAUUUAGCAAUUCCUAUUUCAUAUUUAUUGAAGCUUUAAAACCAAGAAAUACUGGAAUCAAUCAGCAAGUUGGGCAUACCAGUAAAGAAAUAUGUUGAUGUUUUGGAGACAACCAUCCUGAUCAGUUAAAGGUAAUGACGUAAAAGGUAAAUUUUGCUGAUACCAUUAGAGGGGGUGCCUUUCAUACUUGGCUGAAUAGUUGAUAAGGGAGAAGGAUGCACUGCCAUUAAACAGCUCUGCACAGAAAGAAGAGGAAAUAAUAACAACACUGUAAAUACUAAGCAGGUCAUGCAGCACCAACAGAGAGAGAACCAAGGUUAAUUUUUCUGAUUAAUAAACUUUCGUCAGAAGGAAUCACUGAUGAACAUCCCGUUUUACUUUCUCCACAAGUGCUGCCUGACCUGCUGAGUAUUUCCAACCUUUUUUGUUUUUCCUCAUUUCCAGCACCUGCACUGUUUAGCUUUUGGGGGAAAACAAAAGUCCCCAUAAUCAAUACAGUAUGUUUUUAAAUGAAAAUUCAUAGGUUUGGUAAGAAUUUAAAUUUCAAAGACAGCCUGACAAUGCCUAUUCAAAGGCACACAGUAUUAUCCUAUUUAUUCUGGCACAGAAGAGAUGCCCAUUGGGUUCAUGCCUACUCCCUUAUUUCUCUGUUGACCUCAGUUUGGGUGAGAUGGGUUUCUCUGACAACUCCACAAAGGGAGGUGAGGUAGGGAAUGCUGCAGUCUGUGUGAAACUACCAUAGAGAAAUGGGGUCCCUGUGACCCAUUCUGUCUCAUUUUUAAUCAUGUCUAUUGACCAAGGCAACAAUUUUUAUCAAUAAACUUUUUAUAUGGAAGGGAGAUCAGUUAUAUUGAAAUGAUCCAUAAUAAGUUCCACUGAUCAAACUGUGAAGGAAUAGCUCCUUAAAGUUGUCGUAACUUAUUAGUUGUUUACAUUUUCAAAAUAUUUAUGAGUGCAAUCUUCUUUUAAUAUUUCAAAUAACCUAUACACAUACCUUUCUUUAUACCUAAAUCUAAUGUAAUUUUUUUUUAAAAAACAGAUUUUGCUGUUCUACUGCAUUGUAAAAUUUCCUUGGCUCAGAACCUAAUCAUCUGUAUUCUGUAAUAAACAGCAUUUUUCAAGAUAACCACAAAAGCAAAAGCUUGCUACUCCCAAGGAUAAGUCAAGUUUGUGGGUUUCUGCCAAUUCCUGUUGUUCUAGCUUAUGAAUUUGAUGUAUAUGACAAAACACAGGGAGUGUUCUUAGUGACAUGGGAUGCAGCAAGUUCAUUCAGUUCCAAUGGAGUGUACAGAAAUCCACAGUUACUGCUAUUACAUCUGUUUAAAAGAAGGUUGGCUUUUGUUAUAGGGAGAGUAUUAUGAACUGGGAUUUAUUGAACAAAUAAUUAAG